CACAGCCGAAAGUCCAUUGGUUUAAGUCCUUUAUAUGCAUAGAAGAUUCGUUCUUGUCACCUCCAUUCCUUGCAAUUCUUGCUCAUCAGAAAUAAAGAGACAUGGAGGGAGAGAGCCCAGAAGAAGAUGGGCUCUCAACAAGCUCUCUGCUUCUCAAAGAAGUCUCUAAUUGUGGCAAUCAAGGUGACUCCGCAUCUUCCAGUGAUUCUUCUGUCACGGCUCUUCUCGUUUUUAGCACACUGGUCGCUGUUUGCGGGGCUAUUACAACUGGCUGCGCUGUGAGUAUUGGUGGGUUAUUCGUCACCAGCUAUGUCAGGCAUAAAGGAAGAUCUGGGACUUUCUGUAGCGGCGUUACGGUUCAGGUUCUCUGUAUCAAUCAUUCCCCCAUUAUGCUGCAGUAUUCACUUUUUGGUUCGAUGCUGACAAUUGGAGGAGUAACAGCAUCUUUACUGAAUGGAACUAUUACAGAUAUGAUUGGUCGAAAGCGUACAAUGUGGCUCUCUCAAAUACUUUGCACAGCUGGAUGGCUUUCUAUAGCACUUACCAAGAAUGCUUGGUGGCUGGAUGCUGGAAGAGCAUUAAUAGGAUUUGGCAUUGGAGUCACAGGCUAUGUGGUACAUGUAUACAUCGCAGAAAUAACACCUAAAAAUGUUCGGGGAGCAUUUGCUUCAUUCAAUUCGUUCGUGCAAGCCUGUGGCUUUUCAAUGACAUACUUUGUUGGAACUAUUGUUUCCUGGCGCGCCUUGGCUUUGAUUGGUGGAAUUCCUGGCGUAAUACAAAUUUUCAGUUUAUACUUCAUACCAGAGUCUCCUAGAUGGUUGGCAAAAGUGGGUCGAAAACAGGAGUUUGAAGCUGCCUUACAGAGACUCAGAGGCAAAAGCACUGAUAUUUCCCAGGAAGCGGCUGAGAUCAGAGUCUACACAGAAACCUUUGAAAGGCAAUCUCACUCAAGAUUUCUAGAUGUGUUUCAACAAAGAUAUGCUCAUGCACUCACAAUAGGACUUGGACUGAUGCUGCUUCAGCAGUUUGGUGGAGCUAGUGCUUUCUCGUACUAUGCAAGCACCAUUUUUGAAUCAGCUGAUUUUUCAACUAGCAUUGGCACCAGGAGCGUGGCUAUUGUCACAAUGCCAGCACUUGCAAUUACUGUAUUCUUGACUGAUAAAGCUGGACGGCGACCGCUUUUGAUGGUUUCUUCUGCUGGAAUGUGCUUAAGCUGUUUAAUCCUAGGAUUUUCAUUUUACAUGCAGGAUCUGCACAAUUUCAAGGAUGUCACUCCAAUUUUGGUUUUCCUAGCUAUAUUGGCAUAUUUUAUAUCUCUGUCACUUGGCAUGCAAGGACUGCCAUGGGUUCUAAUGUCUGAGAUAUUCCCAGUAAAUGUAAGAGGGAGAGCAGGAAGCAUGGUGAUCUUUACCCACUGGUCCUGUUCCUGGAUUGUGAGCUACAGUUUCAACUUCAUGUUUGAAUGGAGCGCACCUGGUAUGCUUGCUGUCUCCGUUGACUUCCUUUACACAGUAUGAUCUCAGUAUUUUGGAGCUUAAGCGCAUGUGAAUGUGCCCUUGGAUAUAUUGGGAGCAUUAUCCAAUAGUCAUUUUUUUUGCAUCUUGGCUGUGCUUUUUCCAGAAACAUUUUUCAUAUUCGCUGGCAUUUGUGGUUUCGCAAUCCUGUUUACUGUGACGUUAGUGCCGGAGACCAAAGGGCGAGCCCUGGAAGAACUGCAAGCAUCGCUUGCUCAUUUUUCUGCGGUGACUUAAAUUCACGGAUCUUCUAUUUGUAUUAUGCCUGCUGGGAUGUCAAAAGAACAUUGUGGGAUCAACGUUUGUUCCUGAUCGUUGCAAAGAAUGAGCUGUAACGUGAAAUGGAAGAGCAAAAGCAUUGUGAAUUCUUGUCCUUUUGCUGGGUGAUGAUUUUUACAGAGCACUAGUCAAGUUUUUAUUUAUAUUUAACCGUCAGAUGGUGCUGGCCAACUUUGAUUGAUC